ACGAGUGGCGGGUUCGUAAGUAACCGAAUCCCGGAGUCUCGGUGCUGGACUCCUGCUCCGCUAACUCUCAACAUGGAUGCGAUCCGGAGCUUUCACGCGAAACUGCGGUCUUUGGCCAGGACGCUGGACUGCGAGACGGCCCGACUGCAGCGAGCGCUGGACGGCGAGGACAGCGACUUUGAAGAUUACCCAAUGAGAAUUUUAUAUGACCUUCAUUCAGAAGUCCAGACUCUAAAGGCUGAUAUCAGCAUUCUUCUUGAUAAAGCAAGAUUGGAAAGUCAAGAAAGUAUUGGUUUCAUAAAGGCAACAAAAGUACUGAUGAAAAAAAAUUCGGCGGAUAUCACAAAAAUAAGAGAGUUUUUCCAGAAGUAUGGAUAUAAUACACGUGUCAAAGAAAAUUCAGUAUGUCAGCAAGAAGUCGUUGACUCUGCCCCAGAGUUGGCUCCAUGUGAAGGUUUCCAAAAGCCUGGUGUGCAGGAUGAUCUGUCCAGUCCAUGUGCUCUGAGCAGUUCUGCUUCUGAGAAGCCUCCACGCAGCCCACAACUUUCAGAUUUUGGACUGGAGCGGUACAUGAUCUCCCAGGUCCCGCCAAACCCUCCCCAGGCAGCAAAUAGCCGGAAGGAAGAGUGCACAGUUGAAACCCCACCUGUCAAAGAAGCACUAGUGAAAGUGCUAAAAACUCCCAAAUGUGCUCUUAAGAUGGAUGAUUUUGAGUGUGUAACUCCUAAGUUAGAACAAUUUGGUAUCUCUGAAUAUACCAUGUGUUUAAAUGAAGAUUACACAAUAGGACUUAAAAAGAUGAAGAAUGUUAAAAGUGAGGAGGCCACGGGAACAGCACCUGUGACCAAUGAUCACUCUCUUGUCACUCCCGGACCCAUAAUCCAGCAGCUGGAAAAAAAUGAUGCUGAGUACACAAAUUCCCCCUUGGCACCAAAAUUUUGCACUCCUGGUUUGAAAAUCCCCUCCACAAAGACCAGUGCAGCCUUGGUAUCCACAAGUUACACAUUAUCAAAAUCAAACACUUGCAGUGAUUUGGAGGUUAAGGACUGUACUCAGUUGACUCUGAACUCAGACGAGUGCUAUGAGACUUUUGUAGAUCCUUCUUCUCCUACGGUUUCUUCUUACGAAAAUCUGCUCAGAACACCCACACCUCCAGAAGUAACUACAAUACCAGAAGAUAUCCUCCAGAUUUUAUCAAAACACAACUCAAACCUAGCUACUCCACUAGCAGUUAAAGCAGUGCCAACCAGGAAAGGACUCCUCAGGUAUGAAGGGCAGAACAUCAAAGGUGCUGGUAACAAAGAAAACUGGUAAAAGAAUUCUAAUGGAUGCAUCGAUUAUAGAACAGAAAGAGAUGGAGCAGAGCUAGAGUUGUUUCACAUUCUCUUCUUUUUGCCUUUUUAAAACUAAACCAUUUUCUUCAGGGACAUGGGCAUUGAUGUCAUAAUAUGCUUGUUUUUGGUAUUUUUGGUUUAACCUCAAGCUUUCUGACAUAUAAAGAUUAUAACUAUCUCACUGAUACUAAGUUACUCUUAGUUUAACAUAAUGGUCUAAGAAACACCAGAAAUUAGGAUGUUUUUUAAAAUUUAUUUGUAAGCAGAGCGAAAGGGGGCAGAAGGGAGAGAGGGGUAAUGGGUGGGCCACCACAAAUAAACUAUAGAUACAUUUGCUUUUUACAUGGUGUAGCAGACAGCUUCAGGUUUGCUGAGAUGAACUUCCAGACCAGGCACAGUUAAGGAGGAAGGGAUUUAUUGAAACUUAUAGAUCCAGGGGAAGUUCCAUAAUGGCAGAA